UUCCGUCCCAGUACUGUCAUUCCUCUGCAGACACUGGUACUGGGAUGUCUUCUAUGCAAACCGUCCUCAUCCCGUCCUCAUCACUUCUGUUUGCAGACUGGGCCAAGGUCUAGAUGAAAUCUGCUCCUAGUGCAGCUGGCACCAGAGAGCACAAUGUUCUACCUCCUGAGAGGUGCUGAACUUUAGCUCCCAGAACACACCUUGAAAGCGAGCCGAGUGUAGCGGAAACUCGGCCCGACACAUUUCGCAUGAAGCAACGUGUGAGGAAGGACCACAAAUUGUUCUGGCAGGUGAAGACAAAAUGAAGUGUCAGGAGGAGGAUCUGUCACCUGACAUCAAGGAUUGGAAUAAACAUCAAGUGAAACAAUGGGCUGCCAAGUUGGAAGGUGUGGAAGAGACAUUUGCAGAAAUACUGUUUCAGCCGGACAUCAGCGGGCCUAGUCUUUUGCUUUUAGAUACAACAGACUUAAAUAAAAUGGGUAUUACUUUUGGACCAGCUAAACUUGUCAUUCAUGCCAGAGAUGAAGUUGUGAAAUUAGAGAAAGAGGAGUCACAUAGCCUUAAAAACCAGCCUGGAAGGCCAUGCAAGCCCUAUCCAUUUUUUAGGUACCAUGAUACAUAUAGAUACAUGGAGGGCAGUAUUCUUGAUAAUAUAGAAUCUGGUCCCUCAAACCUGAUUGAACCCUGCCAUGAGUAUAAAGCUUUCAUCCAUACAACAGAUGAAACUAAAAUGAGCAAGUUCACUGCUGAGGUUAUUCGUUUUGCAGCUGCCUGUAUGAAUAGCCGCACCAACGGCACCAUACAUUUUGGAAUAGGGGACAAGCCAGAGUUCACUCAUGGCCAAGUGUUGGGAGUGGUUGUUGAGGACAAAGAGUCCUAUGCUAAUGAACUAAAAUCUGCCAUUGAUGCUUGCUUUGAGUAUAAACACAAACAGACUGCUCAAAUGUGCAUCAAACCUCCUCGAUUUGUUGAGGUUCUUAAUAAGAACAUGACAUCAUCUGACAAAUGUGUGAUAGAAGUUGACAUGGUUCCUGACUCUGCGAUCUGUGAAGAAAGCAUCUACCACACUUUAAAUGUAGACACAAUAAAAGCCAGGAAAAAGGCUAAAGGUAAAGAAACCAAACAGUUCUUCAUCAGAGAUGGCAGUAGCAGCAGGGAUCUCCUUGCACUAACCACAUCUGCUAAGCCUAUGGAGGAGUACAACAAGUUUGUUGACAAGGUGCCACAACUUUCACAACACCGAAAAAAGGAAGAAGAAAAGCACCUCACUGUGAUAAAAAGCAGUACUCAAGGCUCUAAAUUAAGUUACAUGAUAACUGGUGGAUCUUCUUCUUUAGAUAAGUCACACUUUGAGCACUAUGUGAUAGUAGCUAACAAGUCACAUUUGAGGCAGUUUGAAUCACUUGGGUUUCUUGUAGAACUCAACCCAACAGCUGUUUUGGAUUUUGAUCCUGAAUCGAAUCAAAAACAUGGAUUGGAGUAUCACCUCAGUCAGCAGAUGACAGUAAGUGUCCAUUUACCAGCUCAAUAUAAAAUCACAGAAGCAGUCGAGGACAUGGCAAAUAAGUUGAAAUUAACUCGAGGCACCAGCUGGGUAUUCUGCAAUGGAGGCAUUCAGGAUGAGACCCCCUCAGACAUAGACCAGUGGCUGAUGGACAAGGGAGCUUCCAUCAGAGAUGUGAUUUCCUUCUUGUGUCGGAAAGAUGUGCUUCCAAACAAAAGAUUUCUUGUCAUUUUCUUACUUAUGUCAACAGUGACUGAGAUGAAGGACCCACUUGUGGAGACUUUCAGUACAUUCUGGCAAGAGCUCAAAGGCACAGAGCAGAUUGUUUGUAUAUGUGACAAUGAAAAAGCAUUUACGUCCUGGAAGGAUCUACUUCAGGCUCGGUGUGGAAUCGACAUCUCUCGUAGAUGUAUUUAUGAGCUUAGUUUUGCUGAAAUCAAUGGCACUAUCCUUAGUCUUCUGUCAAAAAACCGUAGAGCCAGCCGCUUCCUACCCUGUGGUGGGGGAAGCAAAGUGCUUUUUGAGAAGAAAGUGGAGCGUAGUCUGAACACUUUAGAUGUCCUGUGUGUGAACCAAUGUGAAGGAGGAAAUGAGGACGAACUUGUCAUAGAAGAGAACUUUUACAAAGGAGGAAAAGUGUCAUGGUGGAAUUUCUAUUUCUCAGAGCAGCCUGGAUCUACACCAUUCAUCAAACGAGACAAGUUUCAUUACAUCAUGAACACAGUCAUACCAGAUUUGUCAUCCCUGAGAAAACCCUGUGCACUGUUUAACCUCAUGCACAUUCCUGGAUGUGGUGGGACAACGUUGGCCAUGCAUACUUUAUGGGCACUUCGGGAAAGUUUCCGUUGUGCUGUCCUUAAAAACAAUGAUGCCGACUUUACCGAAGUAGCUGAACAGGUGGUGAAACUUUUAAUGUAUGACCAUAAGGAACAAUUGCCACGGGUCCCUGUGCUGCUGAUGAUCGAUGACUUUGAUGAGAUGGAAAAAGUAUAUGACUUGCAGCAGCUCAUUGAAAGAAAAUGUACGGAGAAAAACAUUCACUCUAAGAGUGCAGAGGUAAUUGUCCUGAACUGUAUGAGGUCUGAGUCCAGUGACCCGACUGAAACAACUGAAGACACAGUAAUCAUCGGAAACAAUCUUUCUGAGAAGGAACAGAAAUUGUUUGAGGAAAAACUGGUAGAAAUAGAGAAAAUACACAAGAAUGCUGAAACAUUCUAUGGAUUCAUGAUCAUGAAGAAGAACUUCAAGUCAGAGUAUGUUCAGGGUGUGGCCCGCAACACUCUUAAGAGCUUCAACAUCAAUCAGAAACAUGCACAGCUGCUGGCUGUUUUAGUUCUGUUGAGUGUAUACUGUAAGGGCGCCUCUCUCUCCAUCUCUCUGUGUGAGGAAUUUCUUGGUCUUCAGCCAAAACCAGUUUGUGGAACGGCCAAAGUUGAAGACGGAUUUGGGAAAUUUUCCACUUUAAUUGCCAGGUGCCAAGUCGAGGGCAAGGUCGUGUUCACUGCUGUGAAAAUGAUCCAUUCUAGUAUUGCACAGCAUUGUUUGAGUGAACUUACAACAACACACAGUGUGAAGAAAGCUGACAUUACUGACCUUCUGCUGACCACAAACAAGCUUUAUGAGAGCACACAAGGCAAAGACAAACUCCUACAAGAUGUGCACCAUGUUUUGGUGAAAAGAAAUCUUUCAACUGAGGAGGAAUCUCAGUUCUCUCCACUAAUUCAAGACAUCACAAAAGAAACUCCAGGACAGGAAGAGAUGGUACUAAUAAAUGCAUCAAAAAGAUUUGAGAAAGAUGCAGUGAUCUUUCAAUUACUUGCCAGAUACUAUUACCUGAAGAAGAAGGAUUUCUUAGAGGCAAAACAUUGGGCACAGAAAGCAAAAGAGCUUUCCAAAGAUAGCUCAUAUAUUGCAGACACAUCAGCACAGGUUCACAAGCAUGAGCUGAAGAAUGCCAUUGCUAAGUACAAGGAACAGCAUAUUAGUCCGGAUAAAUUGGCCAUGUUUCUUGGAAUGGCUCAGUCAGCAGUAGAUGCAUUUAAGGAAACACAGAGAAUUGCAAAGAAGGAAUCAGUUCAGCGACUACAAGACAAGAGAGACAACUACCCUUUUAACACAUCAGGGCUCCUGGGAGAAAUUCAGGUUGGAGUACUUAUCAUUGAAAUGCUGGAGAAGACCCCUGUAUUUUCUUCAGACAAUGUCCGCCACGACAUAAUGAGUCAGGUCCUCUCUGGAGAUGUUAACCUUCAGGAUGUAGAGAAAAAUGAUCAACGGCACAGUAAACACAAAUCCUACUAUGCCAUUCUCAGAUCAUUUGAAGAUGUGCUUUACAACCUCAGACAUAGAAUGAAGGUGAACUUUGACUUGCUUGACAAUUUUUAUGUAAACUUGGGCUCCAGAUUUGGAAUGAAAGACAGUCGUGAGCAAGUAGCUCAAUAUGAACUUUCCAGAUGUUUCAAACAAUAUGCAAAUCUCUUCUGCAAGACAGCUUCACUGAAGAAUAAAAUAGUGAGUACUCUGUUUAAACUAUACCAGGCCAGACAAUUCCUGGAGAUGCAAAAAGCUGACACCUACUGUGGGAUUCUGAAUUUUCUCUCAAACAACAUCCCAACUGAAAUAAUGGAGAAGAUUGCCAGGCAGUAUGAUUUUCUUUGCAACUAUAAUCCAGAUGUAUUGACCAAAAUCAACUUCAUCUAUGCCAAUGUUGUGCUAAGUCGUAUCAAACUGGAAUCACCACAUAUUAAACAAUAUCCGAAAGUACUUGAUGUCCUUUGCCAAGUACUGCGUGAGCAGAUUCCAUUAAGUGCUAAUUUGCCACUGCACUUCAUUGCAGUUAUGCUGUUGUGGCCACAGCAAUACCAUCCAGAAUGUACACGCUUGGGGAGAUGCAUCUCACAGAUGAGGACCGCUUACCACACAGUGAUGAAAGAGAUGCGCAACGGUAAGAGGCCCGUGGUCCACUUCUUCUUGGGUAAGAAGCAGGGCUAUGAAAAACUGGUACCUCUUGGGGAAAUCAAAAGGCUCAUCAAGCCAGAAGAGUUUGCCUACAUGUGGGAAAAUGGCAAAAUAUGGAAAGAGAAGAAGGUGCAUGACCUCCUCUGCAGGGUCACUGGUGAAGUGAAGAACAACUUCAUACUUGCAGAUACUUGUAUCCAAGGUCUGAAGCUUCCAGUCACUCCAAUGUUUCAAAGUCAGAUUGGAGGAUAUGCUGAGGGGUCAAAGGUGUCAUUCUUUACUGGUUUCUCAGUUAACGGCCCAUAUGCUCUUGACAUUAACAAAACUUGAAAACACCAUAUUCCAACCUACUGUAUCAUUGUACAAAUUGCUGUGGAAGUGAGUUGCUUGUUAUUGUUUAUUUGUUAUGCUCGGUUACAUUUUGUGUGAGUGUAUCUUUGGCUCUGUACAUUAUAUUAUUGAUAUAUUUGUUGUUCAUAAAGAAUAACAUCUGUUAACUUCUUUAAAAUGUUGUACUGUAGCUCACAAGUCAAUGUAAAGGAGCCAUUUUAAACAAAACUGAAAUCCUGUGGUUUCAGUAGUAAAAUGAUCAGAGAUUUAAAAAGGAAUUCAAUUAAUUCUUUUUGAAAUGUUCUGUUUUAACUGAUUAAAUGUGUAGCAAUUUAAUAAUAUUGUUCCUUGAAAUGAAAUAUUCUGUAUCAUACAUUUUACAUUACAUUUACUUUUGGAUUAAAUUAUGACUUUUGAACAAUAUGUAACUUACAUAAAACUACAGACACUGUCCUGUUCUUAAUUAAGUCAUUUAUUUUUAACGCCAAAUACUGAAAUGCUGAUUUUUUUUGUGUGUUCAUGCAUGUACUUCUCUGUUUGAAAUGUGAUUUCUUUUACCAUUUGUCAAGCAUUAUAUUACUUUGGUAGUUUUGUUCAGUAUUUUGUAACUGUAUGUUUGGCAUAGCAUAAAAACUGAUUAACACUGAGUGUUGCAAUGCCUGUACUUUCUAAUAAAUAUGUAAGAUUCCUACUGUAUGAGAAUUUAUUUAAAAUGUACUGCUCCUUAU